AUGGAACACGUUUCCUUCUGUCCGUACCGGAUUGGCAUCAACUUCAACUGGUCAUCGGUUCAGCAAACCGAGCACACAGCGCCAGUCUUCUUUACCGGCAAGCCAAGAGAUGUGAAUGUUGCCGAGGUUUGUAAGGAAGUUGAGGAGAAAAGCAAGGCAGUUGAACCUCAAAAAGAAGACGAAUCAUCGCCGGAAGCCAGCAUCGAGAUUGUCACGGAAGAUGUCCAAGACCCAGAGCCGCAGGCGGUAGACCAAGAUGAAUCAUGUGUAGAUGAGGAGCCUGCCGUCGAUGAGGCCCCCUCUCCUGGCCAGGAAGCUUCCGAAGACCUACACCACGCAAACCACAGCAUUGAGCCAGAAGUCGUGCCAGAAGCGAAAUCAGAGCCUGAAGAGACCCCAGAAGGACUGGCUGCGGAGGAAUCUGCGUGUGAUGAGAUAACGCAUCCUGCUGAAUCGAUCGAACCCUGCCCCGAGACCCUUACAAAAGAAGAGACAUCACGCGCGGAUGGAUCCCUAACGGAUGAAGAUCUAGCCCCCACAUCUGACGAAACAUUAUCAGCAGCAGUCGAAGCGCCAUUAUCUAUUGACGCCUCUCCCCCACCAAUUGAGGGCCAAGAGCAUUCGACUGAGGAUAGUAUAAUAGCCGAGGGCACAUCUACAACAGUUGCCGAAGAGCCACUACCGUUACCCGAGAAUGCUGCACACCAUGGAACUGAAGAAACUCCUGUACCGCCAGCCGAAGAGUUAUCAGUACUGGUAGCUGAAGCUUCUGCACAACCUGUGGAAGAGCCACCGCUGCACUGUGAGAACACUGUAGCAGCAGCCGUCGGAGAGGUCUCUGCGCCACCUAUCGAGGAAGCAGUACCUCAUUCUGACGAAACAAUAACGCAGGGAACUGAAGCAUCUUCUGCGGCGCCGUCAACCGAAGAGGCUAACUCCGCAAUAGAUGAAGCUGCUCCUACACCAGUCGAGGAACAGCCAUCUUCUCCCGAAUCUGCGGUGACUCAGGGGAUUGAAGUAUCUCCCGCGCCGCCAGCUGAAGAAUCUACGUUACCGGUAGAUAAAGCCUCUCCAACGCCAAUUGGGGACCAAGUAUUUACUCCUGAGGAUACUCUAGCAAUAGUAACAGAAGAAACUGCUGCGCCUAUUGCUGAGGAAAUAGUACUGCUGGUGGCAGAGCCAGUUCAGCCGCAUGAGGAGGUAGCGACGAUUGCCGUUGAAGAAGUAUCCACAUCUUUGGUUGAAGGUGCAGUAUCCGUGGCCGUAGAACAAGCAAUUCCUGUCGAGACAUCAGCAGCAUUCAUAAAUGAAGAAGCAACCCCCCAUCCAGCCGAAGAUUCGACCAGUCCAAUCGAGAUUGCCAUAGUGUCACCAACUGAAGAAGCAGUUCCACCACCUGUCGAGGAAUUAGUAAAUAAAAACGCAAAUGUUACCGUACCAGCAACUGACGCACCAUCGCCGCCGCCAGUCGAAGAGACCACUAUCCCACCAGAGGAAACCGCGGAAGCUCCGCCUCCAGCGGAAGUACAAGCAACACCACCCGAAGAUAUUGUAAGGCCGGCUGUAGAAGAAGGCUCCCAAUUACCAGUUGCCGAACCAGUGCCAACCGAAGAGUCCUUCGUACAGCCAGCAGAAGAGCCAAAACUAACAAAGCAUUUAUCCUCGCAUUCAGUACAUUUCGAGGAAGGGCUGAAACAGCCAGAUGACGCAGGUCCGAAAGUCAGUACCGAGGCAAAUACAAGAAAAAACGACAAGGAAAGGGAUAACUCCUCAAAGCAUGAAAAACAACACGGAAAGAAGACAACCGGCAAAGAUCUAUCGAAGAUCCUGGUCAAGAAGUCAAAGAAAGGCGACAUGAAAGCUUCGGAGAAGAAAGAUCCCGAAAAGCUGCACUUGCUUUCUAAAGUGGAAAAUCUGAAAAUUCAAAAGGGCAAUAGCGCAGUGAAGAGCGACAAGAUGGCGAAGAGAGAUAGCAAGGAAGUGAAGAGGGACAGCAAGGAAGUAAAGAGAGCUGAGGAGAAGAAGGCGAAGGGAAAGAGGGAAGCAAAAAUGCCUGAAAGUGGUAAAGUAGAUCAUGACCCAAAACCCCAGAAGAAUGAGAGCGUGAAGGAGAAAGUCUCGAACGAGGCAAAAGAAAAGAGGAAGGAGGAAAAGAAAAUUCUCAAAGAAACAAAAGUAAAAGAGGUCAGAGAAAGGAAGGAAAGUGAGGAUAGGCUCAAACAGGAGGAGAAAAGGAAGCAAGGAAGGAAGAAGGAAGAAAAGAAGCAAACGGAAAAUAAAGAGGUGAAUGACCCCAAGAAGAAAACGAAGAGAGUGACAAAAUCGGAAGACAUGGAGGAAAAGGGGACUGAAGAGGGUAUUGAUGUCAAAAAGAAAACAAAAAAAGUGAUGAAAUCAGAAGAGAAGGACGAAAAGGGAGAUAAACCAAAGCCAGAGACGACAGAAAUCAAGAUGAAAUCAGAGAGUCCCGAAGAAGUAAAGGGGAAAAUCAAGAGCAAAUCUCGAACCAAGGGCUUCUUUUUCCUGUAA